GGUUUGCCACAUCGGGUGGUGGCCUAAGCAAGUUUAGUCUUUUUUUCAUGCUCAGAAUCCAAUUAUACAACAACGGUCGAAUUUGGCAAAGUGCAAUUGGAUAAAGGGUGGGCGGUGUGGCAUGAAUGUUGUGGAUGAGGAAUCACCUACCCACUUCAGAAAUUUGUAAACCAAAAUAUGCUUGUUGCCUUGAAAAAGUGGGAAAUGACACAAGCAGUGUAUUAAAAACACCCACCCAAGAACCUCUCUCUCUCACUGGCACACACUACCACACAGGCACAACACACUAACACAGACGCAGACAGGUUCUUUGUUAAUGCAUGCUUUAUAGUUUGAGGAGGGUAUGGCAGAAAAGGCAGAUGAGAAUCAUUGUGGAAGUAGUGAAUAUUGUUCACCAACUCCAAGUACACCAAUGGGAACUCCUCUGAGAAGGGUGUUGGAUAGAAUAUCAGGCUUUGCCUCUCCUUGGAAUAGGAGCACAACUCCAAGCGGUCGAAGAAUCUUUCACAGGGAUGUUGAAAGAGAAGAGUUUGAGUUUGCUAGUACUCACUGUCUCUCCUCCUACUACAGUGUCUUUGUGGCUCGCCUUGCAAUCAUGGUCAUGCUAGCCAUCUUAAUUGGGCUGCUAACCAUAUUAACAUGGCAUUUUACAAGGGUCUACACAACAAAAUCACUGAAUAACUUAGCAUAUGGCCUUCGUAAUGAACUUCUACAACGUCCCAUUUUACGGAUGUGGAACAUCUUAAACUCAACUUCUGAGAUAACUACAGUGCAGCUUAAACUGUCAGAGUACGUGUUCAAACGGUACAGCAAACCUGCUACGCAAGCAGACGAAGUUGAGCUAUACGAAGCAAUGAGGGAUGUAACAUGGGCACUAUUUGCUAGUCGUAAAGCUCUCAAUGCAAUAACUAUCAAUUAUAAAAAUGGUUUUGUCCAGGCAUUCCAUAGAGAUCACAGGAGUAACAAUACAUACUACAUCUACUCUGAUCUGGUAAACUAUUCAAUAAGUGGAUCUAAUGAGCAAUCCAUUCAUGGUAACAUUACUGCAAUUUGGUAUCGAGAACCCCUUGAUCCCCUUACUGGUGUGAAAAUAGGAAAAGCAAAGCCAAUCCCACCAGAUGAUCUAAUCCAUAUUGCAGGCCUUCCACAAGUACCAGAUGGUGUGGCUUCAUGGCAUGUGGCGGUAAGCAAAUCUAUAGAUUCACCUGUUCUUUCAGCAGCACUGCCAGUUUGGGACCCUUCAAAUAAAAGUAUAGUAGCUGUUGUGGGUGUUACAACGGCACUAUAUAGUGUUGGCCAGCUUAUGAAGGAGCUUGUUGAAGUUCACAGUGGGCAUAUAUAUUUAACAUCCCAAGAUGGUUUUCUACUUGCUACUUCUUCAAAUACUCCACUUUUGACAAAAUCAACUAAGGGGCCCAAUCUUACGAUGGCUAUUGAUUCUGAGGAUCCUGUAAUACAAAUGGGAGCCCGGUGGUUGCAGAGAGCCUAUGGAAACAACUUUCCUCCAAAUCGUGAGGUUCAUCAAGAGAACAUCAAUCUCGGCGGUGAUCAGUACUACAUUGACUCAUUUUUCCUAAAACUAAAGAGGCUUCCUAUGGUGGGGGUCAUCAUCAUUCCAAGGAAAUAUAUAAUGGGCAAGGUAGAUGAGAGAGCCUUCAAAACAAUGGUUAUAUUGAUAUCUGCAUCUUUAUGUAUCCUAUUCAUUGGAUGCAUCUGCAUUUUGAUACUGACUAAUGGGGUGUCUAAGGAAAUGAAACUAAGAGCAGAACUAAUAAGCCAUCUUGAUGCAAGAAGAAGGGCAGAGGCUUCUAGUAACUAUAAAAGCCAAUUUCUAGCGAACAUGAGUCAUGAACUGAGGACACCUAUGGCUGCAGUAAUUGGUUUGCUAGACAUUCUCAUAUGUGAUGAUUGCCUCACAAAUGAACAAUAUUCAACUGUUACACAGAUUAGAAAAUGCUCAACAGCUCUACUCCGGCUUCUUAACAAUAUAUUGGAUUUGAGCAAGGUUGAAUCUGGAAAACUGGUGUUGGAGGAAACUGAGUUUGACUUGGGGCGAGAACUUGAAGGACUUGUUGACAUGUUCUCUGUGCAAUGCAUUAACCACAAUGUAGAAACUGUUUUAGAUAUCUCUGAUGAUAUGCCAAAAUUAGUUCGAGGAGACUCUGCAAGAGUUGUUCAAAUUUUUGCAAAUCUAAUCAGCAAUUCUAUCAAGUUCACGACAUCGGGUCAUAUCAUCCUUCGAGGAUGGUGUGAGAUCUCAAAUUCUUCCGUUGAUGCUGAGAAGUUUCCUUUCGAUCAGAAGAAAUCACGAUGUGCACAUAAGAUGAAGUGGAAGCAACAGGGAAACCAUAUGAAAAAGGCCUGCAAGAAAGACAAUAGAAUGAUUCUUUGGUUUGAAGUUGAUGACACUGGCUGUGGUAUUGAUCCAAGCAAGUGGGAAUCUGUAUUCGAAAGCUUUGAGCAAGCUGACCCCUCAACAACACGAACGCAUGGUGGCACUGGUCUUGGACUAUGCAUUGUACGGACCUUGGUUAACAAGAUGGGUGGAGAAAUCAAGGUUGUAAAGAAGGAUGGUCCAGGAACUCUAAUGCGACUAUACUUGCUUCUCAGAGCACCUGUAGAUGGCAUAGAACAAAAUUGUCAAGUAGAUUUUGCAAAGCAUAAUUUAGUAGUGCUGCUUGCACUACAUGGCAGAAUGGGUAGAUUGAUUAUGUCCCAGUGGUUGCAUAAAAUUGGAGUUUUCACUUUAGAGGCAUCUGAAUGGAAUGAACUGACACAGAUUCUCCAGGAACUCUUCUGUGCCAGAAAAUCAGUUCAUGAUAAUGGCUUUGAUGCACAAUGUUCAGUAAGUGAGCGCUUGAAGGAAAAACUACUGAAAAUAAAAGACAUGGCAAACCCAGUUUUCAUCAUUGUUGUUGAUAUAGGGCUACUUAACUUGAGCACGGAUAUAUGGAAGGAACAACUAAACUUUCUUAACAAUUACUUUGGGAAAGCAAAGUUUGCAUGGAUGGUUUAUUAUGAUACUUCCAAUGCCAUAAAGCUGGAGCUUCGCAGAAAGGCAAAUGUAUUGAUGGUUAACAAACCUCUAUACAAGGCCAAGAUGAUUCACAUCCUGGAAGCUGUCAUAAAGGAGACAAAUCUUGAGCAGCAGAAAAAAAGUUCAAAUGCUUUGAGAAUUACCAAAGAAGGUGAUCUGCAUGAAUGUCUUGAGAUUGAUGCCACACAUUUUGACACUGCCAGCUCUGAUGAUUCUGAUUUGUCUGAAAUGGGGGGUCCUAAUUCUGUCAAAGGGUUUCACACUGGGGAAAAACAAAGAGAAGGGAUUAGGAAACCUUGUUCUUUAGGAUACAAGACAAUUAAUAACUGCUUAGAGGAAUUCACUCCUGUCUAUUCAAAAGAAAAUGAUUCAACCAAAAGUGAUCCAUGUCAGAUCAGGCUGAACUCUCAUGAUGUUAAAGAUGAAGAACCUAAAUGUUGCACAAAAGAAGCAUCAUUUUCAAUAGAACCUCAGCGUGAAAAUGCUGAAUGUGAAGGUAGAAAUUUGGUUAGCAGCUGUCCUACACAGCAAGGUAAUUUAUAUUCAAGUAAAGCUGUGAAUGAACAGAAAUCUCUUGAAGGCCUACGCAUAAUGCUUGCAGAAGAUAACCCAGUACUCCAAAGAGUUGCAACCAUAAUGCUAGAAAAAAUGGGGGCAAUAGUUAUUGCUGUGGGAGAUGGACUUCAGGCAGUAGAUUCUCUGAAUUUUAUGAUUAAUGCAGAAGAUUGUGGAAGGGAAUCUCUCUUUGAAGAAAGAAACAAAAGAUCACAAACAGAAAUCAAGGAUUCCCCUCCAUAUGACUUGAUCCUCAUGGAUUGCCAAAUGCCAAAGAUGGAUGGUUAUGAAGCAACAAAAAUAAUCAGGAAAUCGGAAGUGGGAAACGGAUUGCACAUUCCCAUUGUUGCACUGACAGCCCAUGCAAUGUCAUCAGAUGAAGCCAAGUGCUUGGAGGUGGGCAUGGAUGCUUAUCUAACAAAGCCAAUUGACUACAAGAUGAUGGUGUCCACAAUUCUUUCACUCACUAAAAGAAUGGCCUAACUUACACGUCAAGCGAAAGCUAACAAAACCAGUGGCUUAGGCGGCCUUCGGAUGUAAAAUUGGAUAGUAGUACUGAGAUAGUGCAUUGUAAAAGUAUGUUGAGUUUUCCUGUAUGAUUCUAAAGAUCCAACUUCAAUAUAUAUUACAUGACCCAAUGCACUA